AUGUCUGACACGAGCCUUCCCGAGACUGGCGACGACCAGCACCUCAUCGUCGUCUCCAAUCGCCUGCCUAUCACCAUCUCCAAGGAUGACAAGGGCGAGUACCACUUUAAGAUGUCGUCCGGCGGUCUCGUGUCUGCUCUUGCGGGAGCAAAGAAGAGCAUGAAGUUCACCUGGAUCGGCUGGCCCGGCUUCUACGUCCCGCCCAAGGACCGCGCCACGCUUGACAAGCGCCUGCAGGAGGAGUACUCCUGCAGCGCCGUCUACCUCGACGACGACGUCGCCGACAAACACUACAACGGCUUCUCCAACUCCAUUCUCUGGCCGCUCUUCCACUACCACCCCGGCGAGAUGAACUUUGACGAGGAGCACUGGCUCGCAUACCGUCAAGCGAACUACGCCUUCGCAGAGGCCGUACGCGCCCAGAUCAGGCCAAACAGUAUGGUUUGGGUACAGGACUACCAUCUCAUGCUUCUGCCCAUGAUCCUCCGCGGCCUCGUCACCGCCGAGAGCAGCACCGGCGAGUACACCCGCAACGAGCUCGCCAAGAUCGCCGACGGUAUCGACAUCGAGGGCGAUAUCGCCAGUAUGGGCGGUGACAAGACGAUCGACAACGUUAAGAUCGGCUUCUUCCUGCACACGCCUUUCCCCUCCUCGGAGAUCUACAGAAUUCUCCCCGUGCGCCGCGAGAUCCUCCUCGGUAUCCUGUACUGCGACCUCAUCGGCUUCCAUACAUACGACUAUGCGCGCCAUUUCCUCUCGUCGUGCACGCGUAUCCUCUCGUUACCUACGAUGCCGAACGGCGUCGAGUUCGAGGGGCGCCUCGUUCACGUCGGCACUUUCCCCAUUGGAAUCGACCCUUCUUCAUUUACCAAGAACCUGGAGAAGGAUAGCGUGAAGAAGCGCAUCGCCGCGCUGGAGCAGCGUUUCAACGGCGUGAAGGUCAUCGUCGGCGUUGACCGUCUCGACUACAUCAAGGGUGUCCCGCAGAAGCUGCACGCGCUCGAGCUGUUCUUGACACAACAUCCGGAAUGGAUCGGCAAGGUCGUGCUUGCGCAGCUCGCGGUGCCCUCGCGUCAGGACGUCGAGGAGUACCAGAACUUACGCGCUACGGUCAACGAGCUUGUUGGACGCAUCAACGGUCGCUUCGGUACCGUCGAGUUCAUGCCCAUCCACUUCAUGCACAAGAGCUUGCCGUUCGACGAGCUCUGCGCAUUGUACGCCGUCUCCGAUGUUUGCCUUGUCACGAGUACUCGUGACGGUAUGAACCUUGUCUCUUACGAGUACAUCGCAUGUCAGCAGGAGCGUCAGGGUGCCAUGAUCCUUUCCGAGUUCGCUGGCGCCGCACAAUCACUCAACGGCUCGAUCGUCGUCAACCCCUGGGACAGCCAACAAGUCGCCGACGCGAUCCACGAGGCCGUCACGAUGCCCGCAGAAGUGCGCGCAGAGAACCACGCCAAGCUGUACAAGUACGUGUGCAAGUACAGCGCGGCGUUCUGGGGCACGAGCUUCGUGAAGGAGAUGCUGCGCAUCAACCCCGGCACGGAGGCUGCUACGAUCCGCGAGGAGAAGCAGAUGGACAAGGUGCAGGAGAUCGUCAGCCAACAUGCCAUUACGAGGACGAGGACUGCUGGGGGGCGUAUUGGGAAGGGUACACUUUGGGGCUUUUCUGCGAUUGCUUUGUUAUUGUUGUUUCAUGACAUCUUGUAG